AUGACAGACGAGGACCUUCUACGUCGCUUCGCCGCCCUAAAAGGCUCCAAUCCGGCCUCGGUACCCAUCGCUGGCCCAUCCAAGUCUGAUGGGUACGCGCACCACAUAGCCUCCGCGGAAGAACGCGCGAGAAAAGAUCAAGAGGAUCUCGAGAGGAUCGCGGAUGGGCGGCCGCUCGAUCAUGGCUCGACAUGGGGGGACAUUAGGGGAUCUGCGAGAGAUGCAGGGCGAGAAGAAAGGGAGUUGGAGGGGAGACAUGAGGGCCUGAAUGAUGGGAAAGGAGGAGGAUGGGGAAUGGACGAAUUGGGUCUGGAAGAUGGGGAUGGGGAUGACGAUGUGGAAGCGUUCAUCGCGUCUCUUGCUACUGCCCAAUGCCAAUCAGGCACCCCCGAGCCGACGUCGACAGAGGCGCACGCGAUCCUGCGGGAAACGAGACAUCUGGCGGAGCCGCCGGUCCCAGCAAACGCUCAGAUGAACACAGCAGGAAGUGGAGAUGAGGAGGAGGUGUAUGACGGGGAGACGGAGCAAGAAAUCCUCGAGCGGGCUCUGGAGGAGGCCGAAUUGGAGGUGGAUGAGGAACAGAAACAGAAGGCUGCUCAGGCAGCAUCGGGUCUGGAGCCGACGGUGGGCCUCUCGAAUGACGGAGCGGCUCUGACGAAGGACGAGGUGGAUCUCUUCCCAUCGAUACCGACGCACGUGCCAGCACAAGAGCUUGACGAAGCCGACCAAGACGACCCAGCCGUCGACGCGCGCAUGGCCAUGCUCCUUGGUCUUCCGGGACCGUCUAUUCAUCCUGGCGGUCCCAAGCUACCAUCAGCACCGACUAGCAAGCCAGCGCAAGGGAGACAGGCAGGGCAGGGGUGGAAUCUACCGGGAUGGGAGGAUGGACGGGACGAGGAUCUGGAUAGUUGGUGCUGUAUAUGCAACAAGGACGCAACGGUGCAGUGUGCUGGUUGUGACGAUGACGUCUAUUGCGAUGAGUGCUGGCGGGAUGGACAUGGGCCAGGGGGCGAGCAGGGGCACCGGGCGAGACGGUUCACUCAUGGGAAGAAAUUGCACAGAGCUUGA